UGAUGGCUUAUUAAGGACGAAGGAUUAUCACAUCUUUACCGAGUUCAAUUUCUGCACAUUCCGAACUAACUUUCUUCCGAGUUACAUUACCAAGAUGACAACAAUGGCCGACUUUCACAUUCUGAACGUGGACCCUGUGAUGUUGGGAGAGGUAGAGGAUGAGAACUUAAUGAAAGCAAUCGAAGAAAGUCGUCGAGAGCGGUCGACCAUGCCGCUGAUCAAACAAGAGCUGCGCUAUACCAUCCAAUACAGGCGGCUGUCAUCUGGCCAGGGGGAAAUGGUGGUAGAGGAAGACACACAACCGGAGUAUAAGCUAACAAAUGACGAAGUACGAAAGCGCUAUCGUCGACGGGAGCAGAAUAGACAAUCGUCUGUACGUUGUCGAGGGAAAAGAAAAGAAUAUGGCAAGACUCUAGAGAAGACGGUAUCUGAGCUGGAGCUGAAGCAGUGUGAUUUACAACUGGAUAUCCAACGCUUAAAUCUGGAAAAGAAACACCUUGAGAAGCUCAUCAAAAGACAUUUAAAACAUGGGAAAUGCAAAUCAAGAACAACAAGACAGACAACUGCUAAACAAUUGGAGAAAGGUUCCGGUGACCACGAUUCCAAGGUCGAGGUUCAAAAUAUUGAACAAACACCCACUACCAAGACAUCAAACAGACUGAUAUCCGUCAAUAAACACGUGAUGAGGAAAUGUAGACCUCACAAGUUAAGUAGUAAUCAAGUGGGGAUGGUUUCCCUGUUAAGUGUGCACUGAUCACGUUAUCAAACUUUAUACAGUGUCGUCAUAUAAACAGGGUAUUAUAUUGGAACUACAGGCUGUAGGCCCAUACAAAUAGUCUCAGCGUUACAGGCUGUAGACCUAUACAAAUAGUCUCAGCGUUACAGGCUGUAGACCUAUACAAAUAGUCUCAGCGUUACAGCCUCUUAAUAUUAUAAAGGAACAGCGAUAUUACACGAACGUCAAAACUAUAAACGAAACCAUUAAAGUUGGAAGAAAUUCGGUCGGUCGUGCAUCUUUCAUUGCCUGUUUUUAUCAAAAUUAAAACUUGAAUAUUUCUUCUCAUAUUUGAUGUUAGAUCAAUUGGGAAAUUAUGGAAAACUAAAUAUUCUAGCAUAUAUCAAAAAGGAUUGGUUAAAUUCAUAGAAAAUUUUAAUCCGUUCUGGAAAGAGCACUUGAAAUCUUGAGCAAGUUAAUGCAGAAUAUUGUUUGUCAUAACCACUCUGAUUCAAUCACCGCAUAAAAGUAGCUAAUGAAACAGUAUAUAUCCAACAAUGGCAAGAACAUAGUAUAAAUGAGGUAGCAGACCUAUUUGAUCAUGAUGGAAACAUUAAGACUUUUCCGUAAUUCCUAGAUCAUUACAAUAUUCCACAAGCUGAAAGAGUUCAGUUUUGUGGUAUUAUUUCAGCUUUUCCUGGUAGCUGGAAAAGAAUAAUUUGAAACCAUGGCAGUAAUUAUACCCUAGAAACAGAAAUCUAAUAAAAAAAUAUUCAUUACAAAAUAAUUCACAGAAAAUAAUGUACCAAUACCCAACUUUACAAAUUUAGAUUUGAGGAUAAUAAAAAGUGUAUGUUUUGUAUUUUUGAAGAUAAAGAAAUUUAUCAAUUUUUUAGGCAAUGUAUUCAUUUUAACACAAUCUGGAGCGCUUUUGAAAAUUUGUUCGUACGAGAAAUGUAAUAUAGUUCAUCAUAAAAGUGACCUGAAAGCCAUACUUGGGUACGCUGAGGACAUGGAAAGUAAUAAAACAUUCCUAAAUUGUUGUUUUUUAGUAAGAAGAUACUACAUAUAUAUAUGUACAAUGUAGAUGUAACACAAUAAUCCACUCAAUAAGUUGAAACGUCACAGAAAAAUUGAGAUAUCUUAAUAUCAAUAAUACAAACUAAAUAAGAACCACUUUGUCACCUAACAAUGGCGUCCGUUAGAGCAAUUAUUUUUGUAAUUGUAUGUACAGGUACGAAAAUACAAAACUGUAAGGAAAAAUUGUAUACUUUUCAUAAAUGCUUGUUUGUUGUAUACUUAACAGUUUACUGCAAGGGAGAUACUUUGACCUAUGUUUUCAUAAGUUUGUGUGAAUUCAAAAUGAAAUCAAAACUUACAUUACAACACAAAAACAAAGGCAAGGUCAACCUAUUUGUGUAAUAACUAUAGCGUCGGCCUAUCUAAAGUUCCUGUUUGUUCGUAGCCUUUGUUUACGGUGGAGUCUGUCCCUAGGCACCGCCUUCGUAUGACCAUAGCUGUUGCGUCUUUCUUCAUUUCAGUACGUCCUACGUGAGGAGCAAACAAUGUUGUCGUUUAUUACUUUAUGUGUUAUAUCAUUCAAACUGUGAAUCGCUUUAUGUUGUUUUUAUACGGUUUUAGUGAAUUGAAAAUACACAAUAACAACAAACAAACGCAUUUACGUUGUUUUGAUGAGUAUACAAUACUAUUCUUAUCACUCCGUAUUAUUCAACCAGAAAGCUUACUUUGCAUACAAAUACAUUUUAGGCCGUUAAUGUUGUUGCGUGAAACUUCAAAGUUUGUGUACUGUAACGUAGCGCCUGUGUAAUACCGAAAAAUGGAGAAAAUAAUGUGGAUUUUAAUUCUAAAACUAAACCUUCAUGUGUUUCUGAAAUUCUACUUUUUCUACAUGUUUGUUUAAUAGUUCUGGAAGUAUUGUAUCGGUUUUUCAAAUAUUCAAUUUCAAAGAAAAUUUAAAUAUAUUGGUAGAAUAUGUUUAUGCAUUUUCAAAUGUAGAGUGCUAUAUAACAAGAAUUACAUAUAUAACCCUGUUGUAAACUCUUACAUGUAAUAGCUGAGUAAAAGACUUGCAAUAUACUUCAAUUAUGUGACAAUAUCCGAUGGGGUUUUUACAAUGAUAAUAUCACUCAACAUACUGAAUGUGAAUCAAGUAAUAUAUUUAGUAUCAAAACAGCAUUAAAUAUAUACCUCAUAACCACUUCAAUUUGAUUUUUAGAAAAUGAAGUUAAUUAGCAACGUUUAUAAUUAUCUGUCAUUUUGUUUGGGUACCUCUAUCACUUGACCUGGUGUUAUACAGGGACGCCUGAUUAACUCAUAAGCAGUAAUGUCGGGUUACUAGUCAUAAACAUGCAUCUACUUCAUACUAAAAACAAAUAAUAAAGAUAUCAAAAUGAGGCCGAAAAUGUACCCAACCUUUACGCAUACCAAAAAAGCCAGUGGGCCAGUUGUCUCAAGUAUUUCUACUUGAGAGCGUUUUAAAAUUUAUGUUGUCUACAUUGUAUUUUUUAUUACUUCGGUUUGGCACAAACGUUGUUCAAAAAACUUUGGAACACGACAGUCAUGUACAUGAAAGAGAUAUACCUAAACAUUAAAACUACUUCCCUGUCUAUACAUAUACUGGAAGUUUUUAGUGAUCUGUAAGUAUUUGUGGCUGGGUAUUUCCAGUAGAUUAUAUAGCAAUGUAUACACGUAAAUCUGUAGAUAUUACAAGUCGAUAAUGUUUACAGUAUGGCGCCGGCUUAUAUACACCGAUAUUGAUUGUUGACAUGCUGUUAGGAUUUCUUCUUGGUAAACAUUAUGUAGCGCCGGGAGAUGUAUUAUACUUUGACCCCAAUAGACAUUGACACGAGUUUAGUAGAAUUCCAUAUAAGCGUGAUUGUAUUUAUUGUAUUUUACGCUUAAUUGUUUUUACGGUACGAUACCAAGCUUUUAUUAAAGCUUUAUUUCAUCAUCAAUAUAGUGUACUGUGUAUUAUUGAUACAAGGAAUCGAAAACAAGCACAGCGA